AACCCAGUCGAACAUGACCAGAGAAGGUGAGGCUAGCUGUCCAGUUCAGCACACGCGUCACUCAUAACGUUUGUUCGGCGUUGAAGUUGAUGGUACCGUGGUGAACUUUGUCUUUUAAAUGGAAAAACUAGCUAUUACUUUUCUAUAGAACUAUUCAUAUUUAAUUUUGUUUUUCGGUAUUCAAAUAAUUACUAAAUGCGAACAGAUCGCACAGUUCCUCCAAAUUUAUUAUUUUACAUUCAUACGAAUUUAAAACAAUACUGCUGCUGAAGUAUAAUCGUCAAAAGUAUUUCAAGCUCGUGGAAUUUUUCAGAAAGUUUUUAUGAUCCAUCGCAAGUUUAUCUGGCAUUAAACGUUAUCAACGAAUACAAGUGUAAUAAAAAUAGGAAAAAACAAAUAUGCAUGUUGUACAUUUUAACUUCAACAUGUUACCUUUUAUUUCCAACCAUUCAAAUGAGUAGCUCAGCACGUGAAUAGUAAAAGACGAUACGAGAGAUAAUGUAAAAUAACAUAGCAUAAGGUGAUCUUUUAAACAGCUAUAAUAAUAUAGAGGUGGCCUUUAAUUUGCUCAGCCAGUGGGGCCCGAGAGCGUUGACAACAGAAAGAGAGAGGAGAGAAAGAGAUCGCAAAUCGAGCAGAAGACGUCAGGGCCGAACAGGCGAACAAACCCACGUAGCACCAGCUGGUUUGACUCGACUCGACGCCGAGCGAUAUGCGUUGGACCAAUCGCGUGGGACCACGAACGCGAUGGCGCGGCGCGCUCUCGUCGGGGUUCGUUUUGUGUUGCGACGAUAUCGCUCGAGGAUGCAGCAAUAACGCGCCGACCGAUCCGCCAAACCUACGACACGACAGUCGUUGUCGUUUGUGUUUUCGCAUUGCCACAGCGGAGACCCGAGAACUAAGUGAUAUCCGCGCGGAACUGUGUGUCCAUAUAUUUUUCAAAGAGACACGUAUCAGUGACGUAUAAGUAGUGGAUUUCCCAUAGCCAAGCAGUAGUCAUGUAUCGUUGCGGAUUGUUGCUCUUUUUGCUGAAUUUCAGUUAUGACGUGACUGCGACAACAUCCAAGGGGCUCGAUAAGCUGUUGGAGUUGGGCACAGAUUUUCUGUCAACUGGAAGAUAUCAAGAUGCCUUAUCGUACUUUCACGAAGCUGUUGAGGGUGAUCCCAACAACUAUUUGACCUACUAUAAGAGAGGAACGGUGUAUUUAGCUUUAGGAAAGGCUAAGCAAGCCUUGUUAGAUUUUGAUAAAGUUUUAGAAUUGAAGCCAGAUUUUACCGCUGCUAGGAUCCAGCGAGGUAGUGUACAUUUGAAGCAUGGUGAUCUUGAUGACGCCGAAGUUGACUUGACCAAUGCUCUGAUGAUAUAUCCCGACAAUGAGGAAGCCAUCAAUGGUAUUCAUAGACUAAGGAUAGCUAGAGAACAAAUAGAAUCUGCAGAAAAUUUGUACUUGCAAGGAGAGUAUCACAUAGCUGCAGAAACAUUAACACAUGUUAUAGAGAUUUGUUCAUGGUCGUCUUAUCUUAGGAAGUUAAGAGCAAAAUGUCGCAUGCAAAUAGGAGAUUACUCUGGCGCAGUUUCAGAUAUUAGAUCUACAACCAAACUCACAUCGGACAAUACUGAAGGGUAUUACGAGCUUUCAAAUUUAUUAUACCAGCUGGGUCAAGUGCAAGAUUCUUUAAAAGAAAUUAGAGAAUGCUUAAAAUUAGAUCCAGAACAUCAUGAUUGUUUUCCAUUUUAUAAAAAAAUAAAAAAAGUAGCGAAAUUAAUAGAAGACGCAGAAGCUGCUUCAGAGUCAAACGAUUUAGAUAGUUGUAUAGAUAAGGCUAAUAAAGUACUUAAGAAUGAACCAGCAAUAGAAAACGUGAGGGUGACUGCACUACGUCUACUUUGCAAGUGCCACACUGCCAAUUCAGAAGCUGAACUAGCAAUCGAAAACUGUCGAGCAGUAGUGGAAAUACAACGUGAUCCUGACACUUUAUGCGACAGUGCAGAAGCAUAUCUUUCAGCUGACCAAUUUGAUGAUGCCAUACGAGAUUAUAAGGACGCAUUGGAGAUCGACUCAAAUAAUCAACGAGCCAAGCAAGGUCUGCAAAAGGCGCAACAAAGGCAAAAAAUCUCAGAGACCAGAGACUACUACAAGAUCUUGGGCGUGCCACGAACCGCGAAAAAGCAGCAGAUCGUCAAAGCUUACAGGAAAGCUGCACAAAAGUGGCACCCAGAUAACUUCCCAGAUGAAGAGGAGAAAAAGCGCGCUCAGAAGAAGUUCAUCGACAUCGCUGCUGCCAAAGAAGUUCUCACAGACGAAGAGAAGCGUGCUAAAUUCGAUCGGGGUGAGGAUCCCCUUGACCCGGAAUCUGGAAAGCACCAGGGCCAGGGUUUCAAUCCCUUCCAAGAGUUCCACCACUUCCAGGGUUCGCCCUUCCAGUUCAAGUUCCACUUCAAUUAGAGAUUCUGGUGCUUUUGCCCUCUUUACAGUCCAAAAUUACAAAAGCCUCACAAAUUUUCAAGACUUGUGGGAUAAACAAAAACAGUGAAGCAUCUACUGUAGUAAAUGCAAAGUCAAUGCUCAUGAUCAUUUCAUCGAAACUUUGAUUGUCAGUUAAAAAUUAAUGCUCAAGUGAAUUUCCAUUCUUUAAAUUUAACCACAACAAAAAUUUAUUUCGAUGGUAGGAAAAAGUUUUCUUUUACAAAGAAUUUUAAUUUUGUUUAUUCUUAUAUAGUUUUGAUUUAAUGUUAAUUUUUAUAAAAGAAAAAUAGAGUAAAAACAAAUGAAAUUGAAAUUUUCUGUUGGGAACAAAACUCUUUCCUCAUAAAACAAAAAUUCAUACAUGUACUUGUAUAUUAUUUUACAUUUCGCGAAAUAUCAACUAAUUAUUAUAUCAAUGAACGAUCAAGGCUUUGAUAUAUUCAUUACAAUUGGAAUAGUUAAAGAAUCAAUAUCAAUGGAGUCUCAAGAAGAUUUCAAAAUUAUAAAGCAAAUUUAGAUCAGGGUCGUAUCUCAGUGAGACAGACAGUGUGGAUCUUGUUGCUUUAUAAAUACGACGAGCUUUAAGAAAAACAUAAAUAAUUUUUUGCUUUUGCACGACUGACUAAAAUACGGCUCGUUUCCUCUAGUUCCAAAGACAGUGGAGUGAAGAAUUUCUGUUAUUUUCGGUCCAAUACGUAAAGGAAUAAGGACACGGAAAGACUAUACAUACUUCCACGUGAUCAGAGUGACAGGAUAAAUGCGUAUCUCUAUAGUUUAUAUAGUGAAAUCGCGUGAAUCUGGGCAUCGGGUAUGGGUAGAACAUUGUAAUUUUUCGACAUCAGAUAGUUGUUUUUUUUUCUUCGAUUUUUACGACAUAUUUUUACCGGUACCCGAUGCUUUUUCAACAAAAAAAAAAAAGACUCGAGACAGUGCUGUGCGCGUGUCGCGUGUGAGCAGUGAUUGUGCGAGCUAAUAUGAGCUGUUUGUAAAUAUUACUUGUAAUCAAAUUAUCCUGACAAUUGUUUAAGAAUAUAUAUUUCAAUUAUUUAUACCGAAA